CCCGCGCAUGCGCAUUAACCGCGUCCGAGUGCCCGAUACAAGAUGGCGGAGUCGGUGGGGAGGGAGAGGCGGAGGCGGGUCCGAACCGAAUAGCGCAAAGCCUAUUGAGGACUCCGAUCAAACCUCUCCAAGACAGGACAAAUGAGGAGCUAUGACGAGUGAAAACCACGGAACAAUAAAGGCAGACUCGGCAAUGGUCAUGUCGCCCACCGGGUCCACGUCGCAGGCGGCUCCCUUCUCACCCUCGACCAGCAAACCCAUCCAAGAGCUGCCAGAUGAGCUGAUACAGGCUGGAUGGUCGAAAUGUUGGAGUAAGAGGGAGAAUCGGCCGUAUUACUUUAAUCGAUUCACUAACCAGUCGCUGUGGGAGAUGCCUGUCCUGGGCCAGCAUGAUGUCAUUUCGGAUCCUCUGGGCUUGAACGCGGCUCCAGCCUCUGGCGAGGCGAUAAGCGACGCCAGUUUGGGCAAUGGUCAGCGUAAAAGACAUCCAUCGGAGGACGCUCAAGCAGGCCCUAACAGUUUCAAGAGGCCAAAGGUUGAGAUUCCAGCCACUCCAACCACUCCCACUAUCCCAAUUUCUCCCAGCACGCCAGGAGUCAAACCCUGGGUCAACACCACAGAUGAAAAACAAGGCCAGACCAGCGUACCCGCGCCUGCUCCGUACCGGCCCUCUGUGGUGUACUGGGACCUGGACAUUCAGACCAACGCUGUGAUCCGCGAGCGAGCCCCGGCAGACCACCUCCCUCCACACCCUGAGAUCGAGUUGCAGAGAGCUCAACUCACUACCAAACUGAGGCAGCACUACCACGAGCUGUGCUCUCAGCGUGAGGGCAUAGAGCCCCCACGGGAAUCCUUCAACCGCUGGCUUUUAGAGAGAAAGGUGGUGGAUAAAGGUUUGGAUCCGCUUUUGCCAAGCGAAUGCGACCCGGUCAUUUCCCCAUCCAUGUUCAGAGAAAUCAUGAACGACAUCCCUAUCAGGCUCUCUCGUAUCAAAUACAAGGAAGAGGCCAGGAAACUCUUGUUUAAAUAUGCAGAAGCGGCCAAGAAAAUGAUUGACUCCAGAAAUGCAACUCCUGACAGUCGGAAGGUAGUGAAGUGGAACGUCGAGGACACGAUGAACUGGCUGAGACGAGACCAUUCUGCCAGCAAGGAGGAUUACAUGGAUCGACUCGAGCAUUUACGGAAGCAGUGCGGCCCUCACGUGGCAUCCGUGGCGAAGGACUCCGUUGAGGGCAUCUGUUCAAAGAUCUACCACAUUUCUGCAGAAUAUGUGCGCAGGAUACGUCAGGCUCACCUCACUCUGCUUAAAGACUGCAACAUCUCAGUGGACGGCACGGAAUCGACGGAGGUCCAGGACCGGUUGGUGUAUUGUUAUCCAGUCAGACUGUCCAUCCCGUCUCCUCCUCAGCCGCGCGUUGAGCUGCACUUUGAGAAUGACGUUGCCUGCUUGCGGUAUAAAGGGGAAAUGGUGAAGGUCAACCGCGGUCAUUUUAACAAACUGGAACUCCUAUAUCGGUACAGCUGUAUUGAUGACCCAAGGUUUGAAAAGUUCCUGUCUCGUGUGUGGUGCCUUAUCAAAAGAUACCAGGUGAUGUUUGGCUCCGGUGUGAACGAGGGGUCUGGUCUGCAGGGGGCGCUGCCUGUUCCAGUCUUUGAGGCUCUCCACAAACAGUUUGGAGUGACAUUCGAGUGCUUCGCUUCUCCUCUAAAUUGCUACUUCAAGCAGUUCUGCUCCGCCUUUCCAGACACUGACGGCUUCUUUGGAUCUCGAGGGCCAUUUCUCAGCUUCUCUCCGGCCAGUGGCUCGUUUGAGGCCAACCCUCCAUUCUGUGAGGAGUUCAUGGAUGCCAUGGUGACACACUUUGAGGAUCUUCUGGAACACUCCAGCGAGCCGCUGUCCUUCAUCAUCUUUGUGCCAGAGUGGCGUGACCCGCCGACCCCUGCCCUGACACGGAUGGAGGCCAGCCGCUUCCGCAGGCACCAGAUGAUCGUGUCUGCCUUCGAGCACGAGUACCGCAGCGGCUCGCAGCACAUCUGCAAAAGAGAAGAGAUGUACUACAAGUCUGUCCAUGGAACGGCAGUGAUUUUCCUCCAAAACAAUGCUGGCUUUAGCAAAUGGGAGCCCACCACGGAGAGAAUCCAGGAGAUCCUGGCGGCGUAUAAAGUCUCCGGCCGUUCUCUGCCCUCACCUGGUCCUUCUUCCACCAGUACGGGAGACAAAGACUCCAAACCAGUAGUGGAGCGGAGCUCGGCUAGGAGUCAAGACAACAGCAGUCCUGUUGACAAGACUGCACCGGACACAACAAACAUUUAGACCGCGGCGCUGGGCGUGUGGCCACGUGUAUGUAUGUUCAUGGGAAAGAGUCUAUGAUUGUAUGAGAGGUUUAAUAUUGCGCUGUUGGGUUUAGAUGGGCACUGGGCAUGUAAAUGCUCACGCGAGAAGACAGACAGACCCAUAUUUGUUUACUUUCUUCCGCCUCUAUUAUUUAAUAUUAUUUGUUUUAGGUUUUUGAGUUAUGUUAUCAUAACUGUUGGGUUUUAUAUCAACGUAUUGAUAGUUUGGUCACUUUUUUGUUGUCUUUUUUUUUAAAGAGAUGAUAAAUGUAGUCAAGUAUAUCUUAUUCUUUUUUUAUUUUUGUUGGCCUUUUUAGGGUGAAUCCCAUUGAAACGUGUCAUUUCACACCAAGAUCAAAAGAAAAAUAUUUUGCAUAAAGAAAAAGCAUAAAGCCUUCAUUAGCAUUUUUUUCCCCCAUUUUCAUUGGGUUUUUGUAGUUUUCAUUAUUCUAAAUGGUAAUUGAACUUUAAUUACAUUUUGUUAUACAGUAAUACUGUAUUACAGUUAAAAAGUUACUAUUGCAAUGAUAUUUAAAAAGUGAAUAAAAUCAGCCUAAAUUAAAUUAAACACAAUGCAACCCUUAGCAUUGGGGUAUCUUUGCUUAGAGUAGUAAAUUAUUUUUUUUUUUUUCCUACAUAAUGGUAAAUAAAAAUACCAAAAAAUUAAGUUUUCAAAUAGGCUUCGUUUUCUUUUCAGCAAAAUAAAAUAGCAUAUUUCUUGAUUUUGGGUUGAAAUAAGACCGGUUUUGUGAUAUUCACUCUUUAACUUUGUGCUUUUCUCACUGGCAGGUUACGAAGCCGUCAGUGAGUUUAUGCACCGCUUGUAUAUUGUUGUUUUAGAUGAUUUAGAAGACGAUCGGCGAUCAGGCAGCUAUGUUUAAAUGCCUUCAUCAUGACAUGCGUUAGCGUCGUUUCACAUUAAACCCAUUCAUAGGCGUUUCUUUGAGUUGAGAGGUCAUGUUUGGUUUCUUCAUGUCAGAAUAUAUACUAUAUGUAAUAACAAAAGGUCAGUAAAGAAGCAGAAAAAUAUUUAUAAUGUAGUUUCCACCCAGUCAUCAAUCUGCAGUGAAAGCCAGUGCGUUUUCUUUCGUUUCUAAAAUAUUGUACAGAACACAAUAGCAAAUCUGAAAUGGUCGAACUCUAAGGAUUUUCUACCUUUAUUGCGUUCUUGGUUUCUGUACAGUACAAGCCUGUGUGAACCUUAAAUCCUAAUGUGGCAUUCUGGGUCACAUCAGUUGUAGCAUUUAGGUCUAGCAAGUGAAAAAAGAAGAGUAAAAUUUCUUCUUAGUUAUGAUUACGAAAGCAUUAUUCCAACUGUUUGUGGUGUUUUAUUGAGAACGAAUUAGCUGGUAAAUAUGGCGUACGCCCCUCGAUUUUCUCCAGUGAGUCUACCUCUCAUUUCGGGUGUUUUUUUAAUUGAGAGCAACGACACCUGGAAAUCCAAGCAAAGCAGUAAACGAGUGGCUUAUUCUUCCUUUAAUAACAGCAUUGGCACCCACUUAUUAAAAUUGGUUGCUAUUGCCUUGAUUUCGUGUAUGUGAAAAGUGCUUUAAAAGUCGACUUUUUUGUUUUUAUUCUAAUCAUAGAAAUUUGUUUACAUGACAUUGGUUUAAAUCGUAUCACUGGGCAGCGUUUUGAAUGUACAUUUUAAAAAAGGAAAAAAGAAACGUUAUUGAUGGAUUUAUUGCCACAAUUGGACUUCAAAUAUUGCGAUUAUUAACACUACAAUGGUGGCUCUUUAUUAUUUUUUUGUUUGUUUAUUUUUGCCAUGCUAAUACGUAUGUAGAAAUUAAUAUUAUAUAUUAUCACUUUAUUAAGCCCAAUCACUUCCAUCUGUAAGUAUAGUUUUGUUUUGUUUUUUUUGUUUUUUUUUUUUUUUUUUCAGUAGACUACAUUGUCUUGUAGCCAAACUUGGGGAAAUGGCUUUUAUAUUAAGUUUAAAAGCAUUCCAGUGGUUUGACGUGUAAUGUAACCCAGCUUGCCAUUUAUAAAAUCCAAUAUAACCCUUGGUUUAAGCAUUGGGCACUUGUUGGAUUUCCUAAUCCCAGAGCGGAUCACCAGCAAAUCUGUAGAUGUUGUACAGAACGUGGCUAUGAAGUUGUUUUCCUACACGGCUGUUGUGCGUUUAUUUGAACAGAAAACAAAGUAUGUCUUUCUCACCAUGCUUUUUGUUAAUUUUAAUUUAACGUUUUGGUUCUGAAUAACUGUUUAUGAAUUAUAGAAUUUAUGAAAUAGUUGUUUUAAACUAAACCAAAGUGUUAUUAAAAGAGGAGGAAUUUAUCUUGUAUCUUAAAAGUAGAAUCGUGUACGAUUGCAUCAGUAAUGCAUCAAGUGUAACCAGCAAAAACAUCCAUUUAUCCAUAACUUUAUUUUUAUAAUUCUCUUUUCGUUCUUUGUUUUCUUACAAAGGUAUGUUUGGGUUUUUAUUUUGCAUGACCUGAUAUUUUUCAUUACAAAAAAAAAGAAAAAGAAAUUAUAAAUUGUACAGAUCUGUAUUGUUUAAUUAGUUGUACGCUUUGCCACACUAGGCUUUUAACCGAUUUGUAUUUAUCAGUCAUGUUGAUUGAUUUAUAUUUGGUCGCCAUUGCGUUUGUUGAUUCAGUGUCCUCUAAAAUGCCAUGAAUGUCUCCCCUGUAAUCUUAUUCUGAUAAAGACAAAGAUUCAGUGAAUGUAAAUAUGUCUGUGCUUAUAUAAUUUGUUUCUUCUACCUGUAUAUUAUCAGUGUUGUGGCAUUUCCCAUCACCUAAAGUGGUAUAAAGAUUUUCCUCUGAAUCAGAAAAGCUCUCAGUAAAAUAUUGAAAUCA